ACUGGCAGCAGGUGCCACCUGAUGACAUCGUGUCACCUGGACAACGACUGUUGUUGUUGUUUACCCACAACUGUCAGUUGGACUGAGCGGACGGACGUCUACAGGAUCCCAAAGAUGGAGGCUACUGGAGGAAGAGGAGAUGGUGAGAAGGAGAGAGGAGAGAAGAGGAAGAGGGAAGAGGAAAACAAGGAGAAGGAGGAGAGCAGAGCGAAGAGGGAAGAGGAGAGUGGAGAGAAGAGAGAAGAGGAGAGCGAAGAGAAGAAGGAGAGAGGAGAGAAGAGGGAAGAGGAGAGCGAGGAGGUGGAGAAGAGAGAAGAGGAGAGGAAGAAGGAAAAAGAGAGCGAGGAGGUGAAGAGAGCAAAGAAGAGGAGGAAAGAAGUAGAGGAGAGCAAGGAGGAAGACAAGACACGAGAGGAGAGCAAGAGGGAAGAGGAGAGUGAGGAGGUGGAGAAGAGAGAAGAGGAGAGGAAGAAGGAAGAGGAGAGCAAAGAGGAGGAGAAGAGAGAAGAGGAGAGGAAGAAGGAAGAGGAGCGCGAGGAGGUGAAGAGAGUAAAGAAGAGGAAGAGAGAAGAGGAGAAAAAGAAGAGGAGAGCAGAGGAUGCCAGAGUAUUGGAGGAUGAGGAGCCAAGACCAGGAACCAGUCAGGCCCCCGGAACAUCCCACCCCAAAUUUAACAUCAAACACCUCACCGUCCAUCAGGUUUUGGGUAGAGGCAGCUUUGGAGUGCCAGAAGAAGACCAUGACCGGAGGACAGGACUGCGAUAUUGGCGGCACCAGGGGAGCGGUGAAAGAAAUGUUCCUUCAUUUUUCCAAUGCAGUAAAGUCCCACUUCUCUGGAAUCUACUGAUCCAUAUAUCCUGUUUAUGUUGCAGCUGGAGGAAAAGCUGAUGUACCCUUCCAUGUGGAGGCCCGAAAUAAUUCAUUUCUAGAUCUGUCUGUCUGUCUCCCACUGUACCACAUAACGGUGCAUAGAAUAAAAGUUAUAUGAAGU